UUUUUGUGUCUCUAUCUACUCUCAUCAUAUACUUCCCUUUCUGCUUCCUCUCUUCUGUUAUGAGGAGCCGCAAGACUCUCUGCAUUCUUCUCUAACAAUAGCAUGGUGUCGGCCCGCCGGUCGAACUUUGUUCGGAAUGCCGUGAAGUGGACACUCGUGGCACUUUUGGUGCCGCUGGGAUUCUACUUCAUACAUCAAUAUGUCUUCCCCAUCAUCGCAUUUCUGGUCCCGAGCCUGGACCCAUUCUUCUUCGACCUUGGUGUCUUUGGGGCCUUUCCUCUACACCGAUAUGCUUCGUUCCACCUGGGAGGACCGCAGGCGAGACACGUCCAAUGGCACGAUAGCUGCGAUUCAGGAGUAGUCCUGCUUACACCAAAUGGGCCCUCGGUCGAUAAAUCUGGACCUAUGAUGUUAGACGCGCAAGGAGGGUUGAUCUGGAGAUCUGACGAUUAUGGAGCCGCUGCAAACUUGAAAGUUCAACGCUACAAAGGCCAAGACUACUUGACCUUGUGGUCAGGCGAGAAGGCUGCAACCUCUGGCAAAGGCGUCUACUUCAUGCUGGAUGAAACGUACAAGGUCGUGAAAAUGGUCGAGGCUGCUGGUGAUGGACUGUGGGGCGACUUGCACGAAUUCAAGAUCACCGAUGCUGGCACUGCUCUUGUGACGGUGUACAACACGACCAAUGCAGACCUUACAGGAAUGGGUAUGUGGCGAGGUGCUAAUGGCUGGAUCGUGGACAACCUAUUUCAGGAAAUCGACAUCGAGACGAACGAGCUACUAUUUCAGUGGAGCGCGGCCGAGCACUUCGAUCCCGUCGACACCUACAUGACGAAUCCAUUUGGCGGAUACUGGGAAAGUAUUCCAUUCGACUUUUACCAUCUCAAUAGCGUCGACAAGGAUUCCAAAGGCAAUUACAUCAUAUCCUCACGGCACUUCCAUCACGUCCUGUGUGUCAGCCCGGCUGGAGAGAUCCUGUGGAUUCUCGGCGGACGCGACAAUCAAUUCGAGGACCUUUCAGAUGGACAAGCGACAAAUUUCAAGUGGCAGCAUGACGCCCGAUGGAUUUCCGAGGACGAGGGCAUCAUGACGCUGUUCGACAACAGCAAAGCCGGUCCUCUUCACAGUGAUGCUUCUCAAAGUCGAGCUCUCGUCAUUCAGCUAGAUCUUCAAAAGAAGACCGCAAAACUGGUGCACUCUAUGAAAUCGGCGCAAGGCAUCCUUGCAUCGUCUCAAGGCUCGGUGCAGCUUCUCCCGGAGACGAACAACUAUCUCGUAGGUUGGGGUUCGGCAGCAGCGUAUUCUGAGUAUUCCAACACUGGUGAACUGCUCUGCGAAACGCAUCUUGGAGCCUCCUGGUACUACUCCUUCGAGCGUAUGAAAUCCUAUCGCACUACCAAAGCUUUCGAUUGGCACGGCAUACCUCACGAGCCGCCACAGGUCAACAUCCAAGGAGACAUCAUCUCUGUCAGCUGGAAUGGAGCAACGGAGGUCGCCUACUGGUCGCUGGAAGGCAUUCGUGACGACAGCGCUUCCUCUACGGAGGACCUUCGCAGCAAGGACGAAGAAUCGGCCGAAUCACAGAACGUAUUUGAAGCGCUCGAUGUGCUCCCCAAAAUUGGAUUCGAAAGCACGUUUGACCUUUCUCACAUCUCUACUGAGAAGGCUUUCACCAGACUCCGAGUGGCAGCUUUAGACAAGGACCACAAUCUGCUACGAUACUCGGAGCCCAUCGAGGCUGGAUCAGCAACAGCAGAGUCGUCAUAUCUCAUGACCGUUGUCAAAUUGUCUCUUGUGCUUGGAUUUCUCGUAGGCGCGCGAUUCGCCUUCAAGCAGUAUCGGUCUCGAAGCCAUCUCCGCAAAUCUUGGAAUGCAGCCAGCACUGUCCCCGCUUGGAUGCAGUGGCAGAGCCCUUCUGGACGACGACACAUCGAUCGUACAGCAAUCUACGAAUGGAUUCAGAUGAAGCUGCCAGUGGUUCGAACAAGACCUGGCUGAAAAGCCUUUUCAUCUUGUCGAAGGAUACAACCCUUGCGCCCGCAGCUCUCAUGCACGAAAGGUGAUGCAGGCCGCUGCUGCAUGCAGGCGAAGCUCGCUCAAUAUAAGCUUGCAUAGCGUACCUUUAUGAGCUCGAAAGUACUUUCACGCCAAGCCGAUCGUGUUCGCCAAGGUGCACGCGUGAGUGCAUCACGAUCAACAAAGUUGGCGCAGUACAGCAGUACACGACCGCCGCCGACAGGUGGUUUUGUGCAAAUGACCGGAAGUCACAGUCUUCCGCACAUCUGCUUCCGUGGACCAAAGACGCCUCAUUCCAUCGCGGCGGAGAUUCCUCCGACUUCUGGUGCAUUGACGGAACUGUCCUGUGUGCUGAAAGAGCUGGAGGCUAGGAGUGGAAGAAACACAAAAGAUGGUAUGCAGAAACCAGACUGAGAUAAAUACCAUAUUGCGCAUACGAAACGGCUAUCAAAGA